AUGGGGCUCCUGUACGCAGUUUUGUUGGCAUGCAUUUCCACGGCUCAUUGCGGCCGGUUCCGUUGGACCACAGAAAUGAUCAUAAAGAACCCGGAAAACAACCCGUUCCUCAACGAUGCGGCGCUUGGGCCUCUUCAGUAUCUGUGGAAGAGCUUAGGAAUGUCUUCCGAUGAAACAUACCACCUGAUGUUCCGCACAAAACAACUUCACGACCACUAUAUAAAAUGUGUGUCCUUAAGAGCUAAAAUAACAGACCCAGAGAACAAAACCGCUACUUGCGCAAUGAAUUAUUACAAUGAUACUUCGAAAACGUUCUGGAAUGCAACGAUGUGGAUGAGAUUUUUUGUUCAAAACGACUAUACCAUUGAAAAUGUUAUUCGUGGAAGCUUUAACGAGCCUCCAAAAGCACAUACAAUUCCUCAGGGAAGCAACAAUUAUAUCAGGUAUAAUGACGACGAUUGCGAUCCUUCAAGCAUACCUUUUCAGGAGGCGAAUGGUGAAGACUAUGAAGAUGAAGAUUAUCUUGAGCUCUGGGAGCCUCAACUUGUAUUGUUCGGAGGACAAGUGCGGACUGAUAUUGACUUCUAUGUAGUAUACAACGAACCGGAAUGUAACGUCCUUAGAAUAGACAAAGAGUGCGACUUAUGGCUGAGAAGUAAUGAGUUACAAGUAAUACUGGAGGCCGCAGUACGAGAGGCUGAAACAAAUGCACCAGAAGAGGAGGAAGACGCUGUGAAGAAACUAGCAGCCAAAGAGAGCAUCACAACAACAGAAGAAACCAUCACAAAACGGGAGUUGAAGGGAGAGAACACGGCAGAAGGAGGCGCAACUACAGAAUGUAUUUCAACAACAGAUAGGGAAGCAGAAGAAGAAACAAACAGGUUAAAACGCUUAGCAGGGUCUUUCGAAAGGAGGGUUAUAGACGCCAUAUUCCGACAGCUUCCCGCCGGCUGCCGCUUUGCCUUCUUGUCAUCCUGUGGAUAUCCAGAAUGGACCGUGUACGACCGAAAAAUAUGCAAUGAAACACAAGGAAUGGAAGGUCAAGGCACCAACAGCUAA